GAUAUAUAAAGAAGACGGAGUAAUUACAGAAGCCUCCUAUUGCCAGAAGUUUAAGCACCCGUCUUCGCCGUCGCAGAAUUCUGAGCUUUUUCUCUCUACUCUCAGAAAAAUGGCAACAUAUGCAGCAAUGAAGCCAACAAAGCCUGGGCUUGAGGAGCCACAGGAGGUGAUUCACAAGAUUAGGAUUACUCUCUCCUCCAAGAAUGUUAAGAAUCUCGAGAAAGUGUGUGCUGAUUUGGUUCGUGGUGCCAAGGAUAAGAGGCUCAGGGUGAAGGGACCAGUGAGAAUGCCCACAAAGGUCCUUAACAUCACCACCAGAAAGUCUCCUUGUGGAGAAGGUACAAAUACAUGGGACAGAUUUGAGCUACGUGUCCACAAGCGGGUGAUUGACCUUUUCAGCUCACCAGAUGUUGUCAAACAAAUCACUUCAAUCACCAUUGAACCCGGUGUUGAGGUUGAGGUCACUAUUGCUGAUUCUUAGAUCUCCAAUGUCCUUAGGUUUAGAUGCAGCGAAGAAAGCGAGCUCAAGGAACUGAGAGAAAAGUAGAAAGGAUAAGUGAAGCUCAAGUAACCUAAUAUUUAAAAAUAAUUAAUGAAUUAUUAUAUGAAAUAUUUUAUAAUUAUAAAUAAAUUUUAAAAUGUAAAAUUAAGUAGAUUUAAGUCGGAAA